AUGGAGCCCAAGUGGAAGACGCGGCAGGAGCAGCGCACGAACGGCAGCAUGGACGAGCCGCCCAUCCCGCCGUGGGGGUGGCCGGCGGGCGGCGACGUGCACCCCACGGCCCCUCUGUUCGCCCCUCCCCCCUCUGCUCUCCCCCUCCUCUGCUUGCCCCUCCCCUUGCUCAUUCCUCCCUCUGCUCUCCCCUCCUCUGCUUGCCCCUGCCCUUGCUCAUACCUCUUUCUGCUCUCCCCUCCCUCUGCUCGUCAACAGAAGAGAGACCCUGGAGUGGCGGCCGUGAGGGCACACUGCAGUGAGGCCACCCCGGACAGACGGAGGUGUUUCUCGUUCAAUGUAGCCCUCUUCACUCCCCUCCUCCUGCAAUCCUUCCCUGUGCUGUGCAUUCCUGCCCGCGCACAAGCAGAAGAGAGACCCGGGUGUGGCAGCAGUGAGGAUGGAGCUGGCGGAGCUGAUGAGCGCGUCUCCCUGGUGGCAGCGCAGGGGAGGGAGAGACCAUGUGCUAUGGAGAUGGCCGAGCGGAUGAGCGCGUCGCCCUGGUGGCAGCGGCGGGGAGGCAGGGACCACGUGCUGUGCGUCACCCACCCCAACGCCCUGGAAUCCGUGCGGCACCACAUGGCCGCUGCUGCCUUCGUUGCUGUUGACCUCGCCAGGUACGAACCGGGGGAGGCGGAUCUGCACAAGGACAUCAUAGCACCAUACGGGGCGCUGGUGGAGACUUACAGUGCAGAGGCUGAGAGGCGGGACGCUCAAGGAGGGGUAGAGAGGCUCGCUGCUGGGAGGGAUGGGGGCGGUGGUAGGGAGGGAGAGGAGGAGGAGGUAGAUAGAGAGGAGAUCAAGGAUAGCAGGGAAGGAGCUGUGGAGGAGGAGGGGGGAGAGGAAAAGGGUGAGGAGGAGAAGGAGAAGGGGAAGGGGAAGGGGAAGGGGGAAAAGGAGGAAGAGGGUGAGGAGGAGGAAAAGGAGGAGGAAAAGGAGGAGGAAGAGGGAAAGCAGGAAAAGGGAAAAGGGAAAAAGGUGGAAGAGGAGGGUGAGGAAGACGCUGAGGAGGAGGAGGAGGAGGAGGAGGAGGUAAAGGGGAAGGGGAAGGGGAAGGGGAAGGGGAAGGGGAAGGGGAAGGGGGAAAAAGAGGAGGAGGAGGAUGGCGAUGGGGAGGGAGAGAGGAGGCGGUUGGUGGGUGAACGGAGACGACUGGUGGGUGGGGGGCGAUCAGAUACGAGAGAGGUGGAGAGUGGGGGAGAGGAAGGGGGAGAUGGUGAGAAGGAUGGGAAGAGGAAGGAAGGAAAGGGGAAGGAAGGAAAGGGGAAGGAAGGAAAGGGGAAGGAAGGGGAGGACGGGGAGGAAGGAGAGGCUGCGAGUGAGGAAGAGGAGGGUGAUAGUGGUGAAAGGGACGGACAAAGGGAGGGAGGAGCCGCCGGAAGCAGAGAAGGAGCAGGAGGUGCUGCUGCUGUGGGUACGGGAGGGGCGGAUGCGGGUGUGUUUGCACGGCGCACCACACUGCUCUACUUUCAGGGCACUCUGCAGCGAAAGGACCGGCGCAAGGCCCUGUUCGACGAGCUACAGGGGGAGGCGGACGUGCAUGUGAGGGAGGCAUCGGGGUCCACCCAGUCCAUCCAGGAUUCCCAGGAGGGCAUGCGGCGGGCGCGCUUCUGCCUGCACGUGGAGGGAGACACACCCUCCUCCUCCCGUUUCUUCAACGCCAUCAUGAGUGGGUGUGUGCCGGUGGUCGUCAGCGAUCACGUGGAGCUGCCCUUCGAGUCAGCAAUUGACUAUUCCCGCAUUGCGCUCUUCUUCUCCCAAGAGGACGCCCUGGUCAAGGGCCGUCUGGUUUCCACACUGCGCCAGGUGUCGGAGCAUGAUUGGCUGGCGAUGUGGCACCAGGUGCACCAAGUACAGAAACACUUCGAGUUCCAGCAACCAGCGCGGGCAGGAGAUGCGGUGGACAUGGUGUGGCAGGAGGUGCGCAACCGACUGCCCAGCAUGCACCUCAUGGCUCACCUCCUCCAUACCAGCCUUCACACCCUUUUCGUGGUCAGCAUCAUCAUCCUUCUCACCUUCCUCAUCAUCCUUACCAUCCUUCCCCUUCCCAUCCUUUUCAUCCUCAUCACCAUCACCAUGCUUGUCCAUCCCAUGCUCAUCCUCCUUGUCCUCAUCCUUAACGCAGUGCUCAAGCCCCUCUCGCACCCACCCCCGUGCAAUCCGCAGCUGCUGCUUCGCUCGCAUCAAGUCCGCAGCGCAUGUGGCUAG